UCUGCAAACUCCAUAAGGGGAAGCUGGCAAAACUCAAACCCCAUUUCAAAAUACCAAUUCAAUGUCCACCUCUUCUCAGGUUGGAUUUUUGGUGCCUCUAAGUGAUAAUUUGGAAGAGGAUGGGAAAAGUUCCAUACCCAAGAUUCCACUUUCAGAAGGUCCUAAUUGUGUUGGCCGGGAUUGCAUUCCAGUUACUGAUAAGAGGCUGAGCCGCAAGCAUCUUACUAUCACUGCUACCUGCACUGGCUCCGCUGAUGUUGUUGUGGAAGGAACAAAUCCAGUUGUUAUAAGAUCAAAGGGUGAGAGAAAGAAGCUUUUGUCUAGAGAGAGGUGGAAACUCGGAAGUGGUGAUAUCAUAGAGUUGAUACCUGGGCAUUACCUAUUUAAGUACGUUAGCACAGCUCGUAAGGAUGAAACUUCACCAGGUAACAAACAAAAAAGGCCUUUCAGUGAAGAAAACAUUACUGACAAAGGCCAGAUGCAUGGCAAGAAGAAAGCUCGAGAAGUCUGUCAAGAGGAAGCUUCAGAAAUGAAUAUGUUGCACAACAAUGGCCAAGAAACAAAUAGUUCUGCAGAGGCCAUACGUCAGUUUAGGGUUCCCAAACACAAGUUGCCCCUCACAUUCAGAUUGAUGAGAGUGCGUGAGCUUCCAGCAUGGGCAAAUUCAGAAGCUGUUUCUAUUAGUGAUGUUAUUCAGGGGAAUGUGCUUGUAGCUAUCCUCUCGAAUUACAUGGUGGAUAUGGAUUGGCUACUUUCUGCAUGUCCAACUCUAAAACGGAUUCCUAAUGUUCUCAUCAUUCAUGGAGAAGGUGAUGGUACCAUGGAGUACAUGAAGAGAAGCAAGCUUGCGAAUUGGAUUCUGCACAAACCUUCUUUACCGAUUGCAUAUGGAACACACCAUUCAAAAGCCAUGCUUCUUGUCUAUCCAACAGGAGUUAGAGUUAUUGUACAUACUGCAAAUUUGAUCUCUAUUGAUUGGAAUAACAAAAGCCAGGGAUUGUGGAUGCAAGAUUUCCCCUGGAAGGAUCAAAAUAAUUUGGGCAAGGAUGGUGGAUUUGAAAAUGAUUUGGUUGAUUAUCUAAGCGCGUUAAAGUGGCCGGAAUUUACUGUUAAUAUACCAGCCUUUGGAAGCUGCAAGAUCAACUCCUCAUUCUUCAAGAAAUUUGAUUACAGUAGCGCAUCGGUCAGGCUAAUUGCAUCUGUGCCUGGAUAUCAUUCAGGUUCUAGUUUGAGGAAGUGGGGACAUAUGAAGUUACGUACUAUUCUUCAGGAAUGUACUUUUAGCAAAGAAUUUCAGAAGUCUCCUCUUAUAUACCAGUUCUCCUCCCUAGGCUCUUUGGAUGAGAAAUGGAUGACAGAGUUUGCCUCUUCAAUGUCGGCGGGAGUUACAGACGAUAAAAAACCUCUGGGCAUUGGGGAGCCAAUGAUAGUAUGGCCCAAUGUAGAAGAUGUUAGAUGUUCUUUGGAGGGAUAUGCAGCUGGAAGUGCCAUUCCCAGCCCAUCAAAGAACGUGGAGAAAGAAUUUCUGAAGAAAUAUUGGGCUAGAUGGAAAGCUAGCCACACUGGUCGUUGCCGUGCAAUGCCUCAUAUUAAGACGUUUCUACGUUACAAUGGUCAAUCGUUAGCGUGGUUCUUGCUUACUUCAUCAAACCUCAGCAAAGCUGCCUGGGGCACUCUUCAGAAAAAUAAUUCUCAGUUGAUGAUUCGUUCCUACGAGCUAGGGGUGCUCUUUUUGCCAUCUUCUGUUAAACGCGGCUGUGGUUUUUCUUGUACAAAUAAUGGUUAUCCAUCAGAGGACGAGACUAGCAUGCACGAAGGGAAAAAGAUAAAGCUGGUAACUCUAGCUUGGCAGGGAAAGGGAAAUGAUGAUUCUUCUGAAGUAAUCAAGUUGCCGGUGCCUUACGAGCUUCCUCCAAAGCCAUAUUCCCCUGAAGAUAUUCCUUGGUCAUGGGAUCGUCGAUAUACCAAGAAAGACAUAUAUGGACAAGUUUGGCCGAGAUAAGUAAAGAUAUACACCAACCAGGGCUCCUGAUGUUUCGAAUGAAGGGAUCGAUGUGUUAGGUGAAACGUUAAUAAACGAUUGACACUAGAUUAGAGUUCUUGAUUCUGUAUAUAUUUAGGCAUGAACCUUUAGAAUGUUGGUACCAUUUAUGAGCUGGUUUUUCCAUAUAAAUUGAUGAUUUUUUUCAUCAGUUGGCUCUAGAUUGGAGUUCUUGCUUCUGUGUAUAUUCUUAGGCAUAUGAAUCUUUAGAAUGUUGAUACCAUUUAUGAGCUAUUUUUUCCAUAGAAAUUGAUGGAUUUUUUCAUCA